AGGUAGUGGAAGAAAAAUGGUUCAGAGAAUACUUAUCAUACUAGUGCUGUCACUAUCGCACAUAUAUGCAGAUACCCAGGAGUGUUUCUCAAAAUGCAGCAACACCUUUCAAAGCAAUGCUUUCGGACCCUCUUCCGACAGAACCUCCAUAUGCGAAUACGACAAGGCAUUAGGGAAAUGUAUUCACGCCUGCAAUUCAAGCAUCCCAGAGAGUCAAGUUCAAACGUACCUUAAUGGAGACUUAAUUUGUAAUAGCGACAGCAGUGUUCAUGGAGCCGGCCUUAUCGAUCUCAAAUAUUUAUUGGCUUUAGUUUUAGCUCUAUCUCAAUUUUGUAUUUCAAACUGAAAAUGUUCUGUUUUAAAAAGUCAUAGUUUUAUGAAACACAUUUAUUUGUAAGUUUCUGUUUUCUUAAUCAAAAGAAUGUUCAAAUGUUUCACAUUUUAAACUAGUCGUUAAAAUAUAUUCUAAAAACUAUGUGUUACUUUCUACGCAUACAUAUUAUACGCAC